CUUUUGGUUCUUUUCUUUAUUCAGGCACACAAUUAGUUCUUAGAAUCUUGUAUAAAAUUCUUCCCUUUCUACCUUUUUCUCUCUGAAGGGAAUGCUUUUGUGUGUGUGAGUCGGCAACUUGGACUGGAUCACAAGCGAUCAUUCAGCGUGACAAUAAUAAUGAAGCCGUUUAUUUUGUAACCUUGCAUGCAUUAAAAGGACUAUCUCACAAGUCACCUCACAGAAGCACAUGAACAAAGAGAGCGAGGUUUUGAGCAGCAACUAGAUGGCAAAGAAAAUGGAGGGGUUUUGGAGCAUGUUUUGUGGGAAAUCUGGUUGUGCAGAGACAGGAGGGAACCCUUGCAAUUAUGAUUUUAAGUUUUUGAAAGAUCCUUCCACAUGUGUCAACCAUUUGCUGUUUAUUUGCAUUAAUGUGUUGCUGCUGAUCAUGAUCUUAUUUACAAUCCUCAAGAAGUCAUCACAGAAACCAUCUCAAGGUCUAAUCCAAGUGCAAAGUUAUUCCAAAUUGCAGCUAGUGUCUGCCAUAGCCAAUGGCUCUCUGGGGCUAAUACAUUUGUGCUCAGGCAUUUGGCUUUUAGAGGAGAAUCUGAGAAGAACACAAACAGCUUUGCCUCUUGAUUGGUGGAUGCUCGAAAGCAUCCAGGGAUUGACAUGGUUGCUGGUGGGUUUUACAAUAACUCUUCAGCUGAAACAAUUUCCAAGAGCAUGGUUAUAUAUAUUUUCUGUUGUAAUCUUUAUGGUUUCUGGUAUUCUCUGUGCUUUGUCCUUGUUUUAUGCAAUUAGUACCAGAAAAUUGUCCCUGAAAGUAGCUUUAGAUGUUUUAUCUUUUCCAGGGAUAAUUUUAUUGGCACUAUGCACUUACAAGGAAUCUAAGUAUAGAGACACUGAGAGAGAAAAUAAUGAAAGUCUAUACACCCCUUUAAAAGAAGAGUCCAAUAAAGUUGAUUAUGUUAGUUAUGUCACACUAUAUGCAAAAGCUGGACUUUUCAGUAGGAUGUCAUUUUGGUGGAUGAAUCCAUUAAUGAAAAGGGGUGAAGAGAAAACACUUCAGGAUGAGGACAUACCAAAGUUGGGGGAGGCAGAUCAAGCAGAAAGUUGUUAUUUUCUGUUUCUAGACCAAUUGAACAGACAGAAACAGAAAGAACCAUCAUCACAACCAUCAAUUUUGAAGACAAUAAUUAUGUGCCACUGGAAGGAGAUUUUGAUAUCAGGAUUCUUUGCAUUGCUAAAGGUAGUCACUCUCUCAUCUGGCCCUUUGCUUCUGAAUUCCUUUAUAUUGGUUGCUGAGGGUCAUGAGAGUUUCAAAUAUGAAGGUUAUGUGUUGGCCAUAUCACUGGUCUUUACAAAGAUCAUAGAAUCCUUGUCACAAAGGCAGUGGUACUUUCGCACCAGACUCAUUGGUAUUAAAGUUAGAUCACUGCUCAUUGCAGCAAUUUAUAAAAAGCAACUGAGGUUGUCCAAUGCUGCAAGAUUGGUGCACUCUGGUGGUGAGAUAAUGAACUAUGUGAAUGUGGAUGCUAAUAGAAUUGGAGAGUUUCCCUACUGGUUUCACCAGACAUGGACAACAAGCGUCCAACUGUGUAUUGCAUUAGUAGUGCUUUUCCGUGCUGUUGGGCUAGCAACAUUUGCCUCAUUGGCGGUGAUAGUUCUAACUGUGCUUUGCAAUACUCCACUUGCUAAGUUGCAGCAUAAGUUUCAGAGAAAACUUAUGGUGUCACAAGAUGAGAGAUUGAAGGCCACUUCUGAGGCUCUUGUGAGCAUGAAGGUUUUGAAGUUAUAUGCAUGGGAAACCAAUUUCAGAAAUGCAAUUGAAAGGUUGAGGGAUGUGGAACUCAAAAGGUUGUCUGCGGUGCAAUUAAGAAGGUCAUAUAGCAACUUUCUCUUUUGGGCCUCACCUGUUUUGGUCUCUGCUGCUUCCUUUGGGGCUUGCUACUUGCUUAAUGUUCCUUUGCAUGCAAAUAAUGUUUUCACUUUUGUGGCAACUUUACGCCUUGUUCAAGAUCCUAUUAGAACCAUCCCUGAUGUCAUUGGAGUGGUCAUUCAAGCAAAAGUUGCAUUUGCAAGGAUUGUUAAAUUUCUUGACGCGCCUGAACUGCAGAGUGAAAAUGCCAAGAAAAGGUGUUUUAGUGAAAAUAUGAGGGGCUCAAUUUUGAUAAAUUCAACUGACUUUUCAUGGGAAGGUAACAUGUCAAAACCAACACUGAGAAACAUAAACUUGGAGGUUGGACCAGGGCAAAAGGUGGCAAUCUGUGGUGAAGUUGGCUCAGGAAAAUCAACUCUCUUAGCAGCAAUUCUCAGAGAAGUUCCUAUUACUCGUGGAACUAUUGAAGUUCAUGGGAAGUUUGCCUAUGUUUCUCAAACAGCAUGGAUACAGACAGGUACAAUACGGGAUAAUAUAUUGUUUGGAGCAGCUAUGGAUGCUGAAAAAUAUCAAGAAACACUUCAUAGGUCUUCACUAGUGAAGGACCUUGAGUUGUUUCCAGAUGGUGAUCUUACUGAAAUAGGGGAGAGGGGGGUCAACCUGAGUGGCGGUCAGAAGCAGCGAAUUCAACUUGCUCGCGCUCUUUAUCAGAAUGCUGAUAUAUAUCUCUUGGAUGAUCCAUGCAGUGCUGUUGAUGCACACACUGCCACAAAUUUGUUUAAUGAUUACAUCAUGGAAGGACUUGCAGGGAAGACAGUCUUACUGGUGACUCAUCAAGUUGAUUUUCUUCCAGCCUUCGAUUCUGUUUUGUUGAUGUCUAAUGGGGAAAUCAUACAAGCUGCUCCUUAUCAUCAUCUGUUGAGCUCAAGCCAAGAAUUUCAGGACCUUGUCAAUGCUCACAAGGAAACUGCUGGUUCUAAUAGGCUUGUGGAUGUCUCUUCUUCCAAAGGAGACUCAAAUACUGCCACAGAGAUUAGUAAAAUAUACAUGGACAAACAGUUUGAAACAUCACAAGAAGGUCAAUUAAUUAAGAAGGAAGAGAAAGAGAAAGGAAACAAAGGGUUCAAACCUCACUUACAGUAUCUGAAUCAGGACAAAGGAUAUAUAUACUUCUAUGUGGCUUCUCUUUCUCACCUUAUAUUUGUGAUUGGCCAGAUAUUUCAGAACUUAUGGAUGGCUUCUAAUGUUGACAAUCCUUAUGUCAGCACAUUGCAAUUGAUUUUUGUGUACUUGUUGAUAGGGUUUAUUUCUGCAUGUUUCUUGUUCAUCAGAAGUCUUGUUGUAGUUUCUAUGAGUAUUCGAUCAUCAAAAUCUUUAUUUUUACAACUACUAAACUCCCUAUUUCGUGCACCUAUGUCAUUUUAUGACUCCACUCCUUUGGGAAGGAUACUUAGUAGGGUCUCCUCAGAUCUAAGCAUUGUCGAUCUUGAUGUCCCAUUUGGCCUUAUUUUUGCUGUGGGAGCUACUACAACUUGUUAUUCAAAUCUUGCAGUUAUAGCAGCCAUCACUUGGCAAGUCUUGUUUAUCUCUAUACCAAUGCUUUACAUAGCAUUUCGCUUGCAGAGAUAUUACUAUGCCACUGCAAAAGAAUUGAUGCGGAUGAAUGGCACAACAAAAUCCUUUGUAGCUAACCAUCUUGCUGAAUCUAUUGCUGGAGUUGAGACAAUAAGGGCUUUUGAGGAGGAGGAUCGUUUUUUUGCAAAGAAUCUUGAUCUAAUUGAUGUCAAUGCCAGUCCUUAUUUUCAUACCUAUGCAGCAAAUGAGUGGUUAAUGCUAAGGUUAGAAACAAUCAGUGCAGUGGUCUUUGCAUCCGCUGCACUUUGCAUGGUGGUACUUCCACCUGGGACUUUCACCUCUGGAUUUAUUGGCAUGGCUCUCUCUUAUGGCCUUUCAUUAAACUCUUCCCUAGUAUUUUCAAUUCAAAACCAAUGCACUCUAGCAAAUCAAAUAAUAUCAGUAGAGAGGCUAAAUCAAUACAUGCAUAUACCAAGUGAGGCCCCAGAAGUAAUAGAGGGAAAUCGUCCUCCUGUGAAUUGGCCAGCUGAGGGAAAAGUAGAAUUACAUGAUUUGGAGAUAAGGUACCGGCCUGAUGCGCCACUAGUACUACGUGGGAUCACAUGCACAUUUGAAGGAGGGCACAAGAUUGGUGUUGUUGGCAGAACAGGCAGUGGAAAAUCCACUCUUAUAGGUGCCUUAUUCCGUCUAGUGGAGCCAGCAGGUGGAAAAAUAAUAGUUGAUGGCAUAGACAUUUGUUCUAUUGGACUUCAUGACUUGAGGUCACGCUUUGGUAUCAUACCUCAGGAUCCUACUCUUUUCAAUGGCACAGUCAGAUACAAUAUGGACCCCUUAUCUCAGCACUCAGAUAAAGAGAUAUGGGAGGUUCUUAGGAAGUGUCAGUUGAGAGAAGUUGUUGAAGAGAAGGAAGAAGGGUUGGACUCCUCAGUUGUUGAAGCUGGGGCAAAUUGGAGCAUGGGACAACGACAAUUGUUCUGCUUGGGGCGUUCCCUUUUGAGGAGAAGUCGGAUACUAGUGCUUGAUGAAGCAACUGCAUCAAUUGAUAAUGCAACAGAUUUGAUUCUACAGAAAACAAUUAGGACAGAGUUUGCAGAUUGUACUGUAAUCACGGUUGCCCACAGAAUACCAACUGUGAUGGAUUGCACUAAGGUUCUUGCCAUUCGUGAAGGAGAAUUGGUGGAGUAUGAUGAGCCAAUGAACUUGAUGAAGAGAGAAGGAUCACUGUUUGGACAACUUGUCAAGGAAUAUUGGUCUCAUUUGCAGUCUGCUGAAUCACAUUAAAGCUAGAAAUGUUUCAUUUUUAUUGAUGUCAAUCUAGUCCAACCCUGCCCAUAGACUAAACGGAUUGGAAAAGUAGACUCACUUUUUCACCAAUUGAUUUUUCAAAAUUUCUUGAUAUUUUUAUUUUCUUAUUCUUUGAGUUUGUUGUUAUGAAUUAAUAUGUUGCUGGAUUUGUCGUAUUUAUAUAUUUUUUCUUUUUUAAAUUAGAUAAAUAAACUCAAUCUUGUAACGGUCGUUUUAAUUCCCUAUUAAUUGUUAUUGUUGAUGACUUA